CUGGAGCGAAACAGCGCAGCAGCGUCAUAACACCCAAAAUUACCAAUCGGAUCGCUGCAAUAGAGAGAGACAGAGAGAAAGAGAGAGAGAGAGAGAGAGACAACCCCCAAUUCCGGAAAGCUCCUUCGAUCGAAUUUCCGAUCAAAUUUCUAGUUUCUAACCUAAAAGCGAUCUUAAUCUGAAGAAAAAUGUCAUCAACUUUCAGCGGCGAUGAAACUGCUCCUUUUUUCGGCUUCCUCGGCGCGGCUGCCGCCCUCGUCUUCUCCUGCAUGGGAGCUGCUUAUGGGACAGCCAAGAGUGGGGUGGGAGUGGCAUCAAUGGGGGUGAUGCGGCCGGAGCUUGUGAUGAAGUCGAUCGUCCCGGUCGUUAUGGCUGGUGUGCUGGGUAUCUACGGUUUGAUUAUUGCUGUCAUCAUCAGUACUGGAAUUAAUCCUAAGACCAAAGCUUAUUACCUCUUUGAUGGCUAUGCACAUCUUUCUUCUGGCUUGGCUUGCGGUCUCGCUGGCCUUUCCGCCGGAAUGGCCAUUGGAAUUGUCGGUGAUGCUGGUGUCAGAGCAAAUGCACAACAGCCAAAGCUUUUUGUUGGGAUGAUUCUUAUCCUCAUUUUUGCUGAGGCAUUGGCACUGUAUGGACUGAUUGUUGGGAUUAUCCUUUCUUCCCGAGCAGGCCAAUCCAGAGCUGAUUAAGAAUUUGUAUUCCGGUUUAACUUAUAAGCUGGAAUAUUUUUGCUUGUCCACGUGUGGGGAGAUAUGCUAGUCAUGGAGUGGAUUCUUUUUCUCUUAUAUUUACUUGUGUUUCUUAUUCAUCAUCUCAUUUAGUAGUUUUAUGCUGCUUGUAAAUCUGGAGAGCACCUCCCUCCCUAGAAUAAAGAUUUGUAAGGGAUUGUCCCAUUAUUGCUGUGCUGUACUUUACAGGGAGCUAAAGGAAACUAUAUUGUGGAACUAGUGCCACUGUAGUAGGAUUCUUCUUAUUGUUGUUAAUCCAGAAUUAUAAUACUCAAAUGCAGUGUCAACCUUAACUCCUAAUGGUGUGUGGUACUCUAGAAUGGAUGUUGUCAUUAGAGGAAUGGUUGGUUCUAUGCUA